GGCGGUCGUACUCCCGGUAUUUCUUCACCGCCGCGGUCUCCUUAAAGACAGCCCGAUACCCCCUCGCAUCACCUACCCUGCCUUGGUCCUCCAGGCGGGAUAUCAGCAAGAUGUCUAGCUCAAGGUCCUCUUCACAGUACGGCCGGGACACGUGGGUGCCAGGACAGGCCGUCCUACAGCCCACUAUCGGACACGAUGCUAAGGUUGAGGACAUGGACCUGGACAGCAUGGAUGAGCAUCCAAUUAUCUACUUUCUGACCCCUGCCCCGUCCUCGUAUUGCGAUGAUUCAGCCAUGGACUUCGAUAUGGAGUUCGACGCCGGGAUCGAGGACGCCAAACACUCGCCUCAGGUCGUACGAAGCGUCAGCCCGUCGAGCCUCGGGGGGUUCAGCCGGCCACCUCUCCACCCUCCCACGCCGCCGAGGUCACCAGCAACUCCUGAUUUGGAGUCGGACCUGUCCGCCACGCCGGACGACAACGAACAAUAUGACUACAUGGUUCCUUCUUGGCCGCCCAGGCCUGCGAAUCCGCCUGGUCUACCCCACCACCUCAAAAAAGACAAAUUCAGGGGUGCCCCAAAGCAAGACGAUAGGAAGACGCACGGCUUGUCACCGCUGUCAUCAACUCGGUCCCUACGUGACUCAACCCGGGGCCGCGCCGUGACAAAGUCCGGUGCGAAACCCUCCUCGGCCUCGACGGGGAGCAGCGCCGCUCGGAUGAGACGGCCCCCGGGCACCCCUGCCCGUCUGUCCGCGCAUGCGUGGCGCGAGCCGAGCCCAGACGUCUGGUCCAUCGAAGAGGAACCUGAGCAGGAACCGCAUAACGAAGUGAAGGAUGGCAGUGCCACUCGGUACGGAACGACAACAAGAGCGGUAGACAUCCCGGCUGCAAAGCCAAAGAAGAAAGUUCGGUUCGUGCUGCCGGCCAUGGACGAUGACGAUGACGGUAGGGGCGUUCAGCAUUGAUUCGGCGUAUGGGUGG